AUGAAACUUCUGGCUCUUCUCCUGCUGUUCUCUUCUCUGGGAACCGCUUCGAGUGGGCCCAUCUCCGCUAUCAACUCGUUCGACUUUCUCUACAAACUAAUCAAAGACUUCAAAGUGAUCCAAGAGCCGGGCCAUCCCGUGUUGUGAGUGAAUGCGAGACGCCUGUAUCCUGGCAACCAAAUUGUCUUUGCAGUGUCGGGGGAAUCGCCUUCUACUGGUACGGAUUCUAUGUGCCGUCGUCGGAGCUGCCGCAGACGUGCAUCGUGUUCUCCUCGCAUCCGGACUGGCCGUUCGAUGGAAACGUCUUCUCCAAUGGGACAGCACCGACGGCGGCGGUUUUCGGAUGUAAAUACGGCCAAAUGUGCAGGGGAAUCAAGUGUUAUGAGCCGAUUACUUACUUCAAGUAACCGAAGGGAACAGAAAAUACACGAAAGUUUACUUUUGCAGUGUUGUUUCCUAUAUUCUCAUGGGCACAAUCAUCUUCCUGCUAGUCUGUAUGUGCGGCGGAGAACCCAAAGAAAGGAAGGAAACGAAAUCUCAGAAACAGCGUCGUCCCCGAAGGAAGCUUCCCCGUGAUCCCAGCUGCGACGACGACGUCUUCCUUCCUCGCGACCACCGUGUUCGUUUUGCCGGACCGCCCAGAUAUUCUCAAUAAUUUCAACUAA